GAAAGUAGAGAUGACUCUAAGAAACAAAGAAAUCUAGCGGAAAGCAGUUUAGCACCUUCCCAAAAUGAUGGUGUGCAAAGCUCUUUAAGCAACGAAGGCGCGAAAAAGACAAAGACAGGUGCGGUUGAAGUCAGUGUAAGGCCUAUUGGAGGAUCGAAUGAAGGCAAAGAGGGCUUCUCAGGCUCAACUACGAACAAGAGUCUAACAAAUCUUUCUGACAAGCAUAGAGAAAAAGAAAAUGCAAACGCUGGUAAAGACAUAUUUAUAGAAGCUGAAGCUACCUAUGCUACUGAGUCACACCAACCAGAAAAUUUGAAAAAAGUUACUGAUUUCGUAAGUAGAGAGGGAAUGCUAGAUAAAUACGAGUUUGACAAAGCAGAUGAUGCUAACGAAAAUGAUUCUAAUAAGGAAAACGAUAACAGCAUCACACCCACCCAAAGCGUUGAAAAGCAAACACCUAGAGGAGGUAAGAGUUCCAGGAUUUCCGAAAACAAAGGCAGAGGAGUUAGAAGACAGGAUGGGGAUGAAGGGAAAGAAAAGUUGGGUGAAAGUACCAGCAGUAUGAAUAAGAAGUUAGUGGGUGAUGCAAAUGUUGAAAAAUAUACUACGGAGAACAAAGGCGAAGAAAAGGCAGCAGUUGUGGGCAUUCCUGUAGUAUCCACUACACAGGGUAAUAACAGCAAAGUAGCAUUGCCGGAAUCUGCAGACCAUAAAAAAGACAAAGUCACGGCAAAAAAGAUAAACAAAAUUAAGGAGAGGGAGGAUAGAGCAGAAAAACUAGGACUUAGAAAGAAUCCCGCGUUUGAUAACAAAAAGAAAGAGAGCUCUAAAUCUUUGAAACCAGUUAAUGCAGGCAUGAAAGGAAUGAAGAAGUCACCUAAAAAGAGUUCAUCUCUCACAAAAACCAAAACACAGAACACAAAGAAGAAUGCUGGAACACGACCGAAGGGUAAUUCAGCAAAGGGAGGAAUGAACAAACAAGAGAAGAGGAAAAAGAAGAAACACAGGAAACCGAUACAAAGAGUAAAAGGAAAAUCGCGUUUCGCUUACGAAGAUUCUCCGUGGAAAUACGGUGGACCACUAGAUUAG